AAAUAAUUUUUUUAACUGGUCUUAUAUAAUAUUCUAAUUUGCUUAGAUUCUGACUUUUGGAUUUUCAUUAGCUGUAAGCCACAAUCAUUAACAUACUUGAAACACUUGAAAUCAAUCAGUCUGCGUGUAAUGAAUCUAUAGAAUAUGAGUUUAAACAACCGUUCGGUAAUAUUCUAUAAAAAAAAAUCUUUAUUUCUAUAGCGCCAAUAUAUUCCGCCGCGCUUUACAAUUCAGGGGUUAAAGUACAAACAGUCAUAAAUAACAUAGCAAGUCAAUCAUUAGAACAAGAGGAAGGAGGGCCCUGCUCACAAGAGCUUACAAUCUUUUCCUAUUCAUUGAGAGGCACCUAUAUUUACUAUAAACAUGUCCGGUCCAUGAAAUGAUCUGGAGGUUUAGCUUCUCCUUUUUGUGUCACUGUACACGUGAUUCACCCCCACCCCCAUGUCACCUGCUGUCACCACCACCUUUCCCUGUCUAGCUGACUGCCCUAUAAGUAAACAAGUCUGACAAGUCCAGACGCUCAAUAAGGUCCUACCACCAUCCGAGAGCCUGCAGUCCACCCAGAAAGUGAUCAGCUGACCUUCUGGAGAUACUGGGAGGCCAGAACUUCAAGUUCCCAGGCCGUGAAAUGGGGCAGGCGAGUUCCCAGGAUCGACCAUCCACCCUGCCUCGGGAAAUACUUACGUCCCUGCAGUCUUUACCAUUCCUGCGUCGUGUAGAAUUUUUUAUGGACCUGGAGCCUUUUCCAGAUGAGAUCCUCAUCUUGAUCUUCAGCUUUGUGCCAGAACAAGACCUGCUCUUACACUGUAGGCUUGUGAGCCAGCGAUGGAAACGUCUGGUGGACUCUCCCUCCCUGUGGAGGAUCAAGUGUGAACUAGACUAUAGGAGAGUGACUCUUUUAGUUGCAGAAAUGUCUCAUGACCUCCCCUGGCAGAAAAUUUAUCUAAAGAAGCCAUUUUCACGGAACCUGCUGCGAAAUCCAUGUGGCACAGAACAGCUUAAUCACUGGAGCGUAAAACACGGAGGGGAUGGUUGGAGGGUGGAGAAAAGUAACUCUGUUUUAGAAGGUGCCGACAGCCAGAUCUGCUUCGUCAGCUCAUACGGUUGGUGUAAGAAGAGCCAGAUCAUAGACCUUGUACAGGAAGGACUAUGGGAGCAUCUCCUGGACGUCCACCAGCCUCCCAUCUGCAUAUCUGACUGGUACGCCGGACGAGAAGACUGCAGCUGUGUCUAUAGUAUAAAAGUUCAGCUCUUGGCUGCCGAUCAGCAAACCGUACUCCAGGAGUUCACUAUGGACCCCGAUCCCAUCCCCCAGUGGAACGACGCAUGUUAUCACCAGGUCUCUCAUGAAUUCCGCCACUACGGACCCGGUGUCCGAUAUGUGAACUUUACCCACAAAGGAAAAGACAUGCAGUUCUGGAAAGGAUGGUACGGCGCUCGGAUCUCCAACUCCUCCGUCACUGUGAAGUGUGACAACCUGGAGCCCUGUAGAUGAGCCCCCCCCCCGAAUACACUACUUGGAGUUGGCCGAUGAUCAGUAAGGACUGCGGCUCGUUCGGCUAUGUCUGCACUGUAACCCCAAGGAUGUUUCUAUAUUAUAAUUCUACCAUCUUUCUUGCUUGUUGUUUAUGGUCCUAAAGCAAUAGCCACUUAUAAACCACAAAGCUUCUGCCAAUAAAAAAAAUAAAAGUUAUGGCUGCUGUAAGGCAGA